AUGGGCGCGACAGCUCCCAAACAGGCUCCAAUCUACCCUGUGCUUGCUGAACAGCCCGUGGGCCAGCAUAUCACGUCCAUCUACAAGGACCGUCUACGCCAGUUCACGGCUACGGGCCAGUACCAGGGCCAUAAUCUGCUAGACAAGUUCUUCUACGCCCUCAACGACGAUGAGAAAUACGUGAAGCUUUGGGUCUACUCUGUGCCAAACCUUGCGAGACCAUCGUUCAAGGAUGCCGUCAAGAACGAGUUCAAGCCUACUCACAGAGGAGAGUCGUUUGGGCCCAGCUGGUCGACUCACUGGUUCAAGAUUCAGCUUACAGUUCCCGAGGACAUGAGGAAAUAUGACCACCUUGAGUUCCAUUGGAAUGCCGGCAACGAAGGGAUGGUCUGGACUGAGGAUGGCCGGCCGUUGCAAGGUCUCUCUGGAGGCGACAGAACCGAGUGGAUUAUCCCCAAGGACUUUAGAGACGGUGCGCCGCACAUCUUCUACAUUGAGAUGGCCUGCAAUGGCCUCUUUGGCAACUCAGACGGCGAUCUCAUCAAGUCUCCCAGCACAAACAAGUACUACAGGCUUGACUCGGCCAAGAUUGUAGCUGUCAACCUCCAGGCACGAGCUUUGAACUAUGACUUCUGGCAGAUUGGAGGUUAG